UCUUCAGUGUUCACUUUCAAAAGCGUUCUAGCGUUGCUUCAAUGAACGCGCCAGCCUCGAUGUCACUCGUCGGCGGUGACGGAGCACGCUUCAUUUCUGCACGAUCCGUGCCGCGCGUUGGAAAAACCGCAUCUCGCCAAAGCGCGUGGAAAGCUACUUGUAUAUUUUACACGCGGCAAAAGUGCUUCUUCGUGCGCUGACUUGGUUGCUUUUUCUCUUCCGUCUUUCUGGGACUUCGAAUGUCAGUGGAAUAUUUAGAAAUACAACGAUUGUUUAACUCUCUCCUUCGGUCUCGUAAAGACGUCGCCUCUUUUUUUGGGGGCUCUUGGCUGGAGGUUCACCGGAAUAUAAGCGCAGUGAGUUUGAGCAGUGAAGGGGCAUUCCUCGCGCCGCACUCCAGACGCUUUCGGAUCUUGACCGCGCACUGCAGCAACGGCCAAUCCGUCUAAUAUAUCCACACAUCAGCGCGCUGGACGUGCAGGUUUGCUGGCUAUAAAGUUAAAAAAUAACGUUUUUAUGAGUCGUAACCAAUGAAUGUGAUGUUAAACAAUAGCAUUUUCCUCAAAAAUUGCAUUUUAGUGAGAGAAGUCACAUCAACGCGAUGUGAAUUUGACAUUUUUCGGAGCUUUUCUCUGUGAGAGAACGUUUUUUCCGUUACGAUGCACUUCGAAUAACCGACUCUUUCCUGCUCGCGCUCGUUUUUAUCGUGUUUAAUAACGAUGGCCAACGAAAUUCGCUAUGACAAUCGGAAUAUUGUGGAGAAAUACAUCAAUCAUAAACUUUCAAAGAGGGGAUAUGUGUGGAAAUCCCAAUCUUCUGGGGAGGACGAUGACACCGUCAAUAAAGGAGUAGAGGAGUCGGACUCCUCUCUAAACUCUGACAGGAGGCUUCAGGCUCCCUCAGCCGGAGGGGGGAACAACUCCGAAUGCCUGAUAGCGCACCGGGUCACUCGUUCAGACCCUUAUUCGAGGAUCUACCGGGCGUUACGCGAGGCUGGAGACCAGAUAGAAAGGAUGUACCAGCGUGAAUUUGAGGAGAUGUCCCACCACAUGGUAUUCAACCCCAAUGCGGCACAACGCAGCUUCUUAGCUGUGGCCGAAGAGCUCUUUAAAGACGGAGUGAACUGGGGGCGGAUCAUCGCUUUCUUCGAGUUUGGUGGGACCAUGUGUGUGGAGAGCGUCAACCGGGAGAUGGCGUCCCAGGUAGAUAAUAUUGCACACUGGAUGACAGACUACCUGAACGGGCCACUGGAAAACUGGAUCGAGGAAAAUGGAGGCUGGGAUGCCUUUGUGGAGUUGUAUGGUCAGCAGAGAGACUCUAUGUUCCACCCAUUGUCGUACCUAACGAAAGUACUUGGAUUGGCAGCGCUGGGCUUGGCAGGAGUGACCAUCGGAGCCUUUUUCGCUCAGAAGUGACAGCUCUACGGCUCUCUUCACCAAACUGAAUCUCACUUUCUCUGCCUGUCUCUCCUCUUCAGCUUAUCAAAGCAUCUUUCAGCGCCGCACUGCCCCGCUAAGCCCAGCACCAGUGCCCUUCAAAGGCCGCCGCUGAUCCGACGCCCCUCCAGCCACGGGAGCUGCGGCGCUCACGCUCUUUCACCCUCUCUGGAGUGAAGAAAACGCAAAGAAAAAGAAUACAGAAUGAGGACUCGCAGGAACGCUCUUACACUUUGACUAUGAUGCUCGUCACUGCCAUGUACAGUUGCACUCGCACGGAGAUCAACACACAAAACACGUCCACACACUUGCUCACAUACUUCACAUGGAUGCAAAAAUACAAAAAAAAAGAACGUUUUAUCUUUAAAGUUUGUUUCUUAUUUACGAAACGAGUACAAGGAGAUUUUUAAACUUAAGAUUGUGCUUUUCUGACAUUUUGAUAUCAGGUUUUUUGGCGUUUUGUAGCAUGAAUCAAAAAAAAGACAGGGGAAAAUAAAAAAGUUUGCCGGCGUGAAUGUAAAUAACUUCUCCACUAUGUGCAUGUGUGGAGGAAGACUCUUUUAGCUACUUUUUUAUUGCAUGAUGGCAUUUUGAACUCGACCACCCACCCUUUCUGUGUUGAUUCGGGGUGUUUUUAUUUUUUUGGUUUUGUUUAUUUCUGUCUCUCACUCCAUUGGAUGGACCUCUGGAGAUCUCCCGUCAAACCAACAGAUGUUGAGCAUUCCUCAUUAAAAAGUUCCUCUUUGAUUUGCUCUGUGUCUUACUGUUUGGUGAGCACAAAGAAUGUGCCGACAACCAAACCAAAGCGGCUAUCAUGAUGUAAUCGGGUCGUGGAGUUGUCCGACCCAAAUUGCCCCUUGUGAAUGUAAAGACUGGAAUUUUGGCUUUUGAAAGGAUUUUCCAUUGUAUAGUUAUACAUAUGCAUUUUUUUUUGUAUAUAAUUUUUGUUUUGAUUUGAAAAGAGCAAUUUUGAGGGUAUUGUGUACGUCUAAUGUCCGUGUACAUGUAGUAUGAGUGACCAUCUGUAAAUAGAUUGUGUUGAGAGAGCAGAACUUGGCUGGUGGAGAACGCGGGCUGCCCGCCACUUCUGUUCAGCCCGGCCAGGUGUGCAAAUGAUGAAACGGGCAGGUGGCAGCUGGGAACAGAAGUUCAUUCAGGCUGGCAUGAUAGGCAUGCAGGCCAGUGGGGCUUUGAAAAGACUUCGUACACAACGAACUAUGUAAUACACGGCCCAGGUGUAUCACUUUUCCCUCCUCGCCGCUCCCAACGUUAUCUUUCUGGCACGGUAGAUUACAGACGCCUGUGAGCUGUCGAUUUUUGGAUGCCCCUACAACCAAAGAAAUCCAAUCCCGACUGCUGUAACUUCUGAGACAGAGAGUCUCUAGUGCUAUCGUACAACUUCUGUGUUACACAGGAAGAUACUGAGACACCAGCUUGUCCUAAUGUCCUUUUUCCCCCUCAGAUGUUCAUCAAAGUCAAUGGUAUCCACCUUUUUCUUCAACGCUUAAGUGAGUGAGACUUCCAGUUCGUUAGCCACUAUAGGAAAAUAACAACAACGUGCAGUAAAGGAUAAAACUGUUUGCACUACAAACCAGUGUGUUCAUAAUUAAGAUAAUACAUUAAAAUAAUAUGUUAAGACAUACCAAUUUGCAAUAUAAAGCAGCAAGACGAGCUGUUUUAUACAGCUGGGGGCGGAUGAGACUGGAAGCCACACCCAUAAAAUGUACAAAUGGCCACGCCCACUCUUAAAAAGGUGGAUAGAUUUACUGCUCUGCAUCUUUGUGUCAGAGCACAAGCCCAGUGAGACCAAACAAAGACUAUGGCCAACAUUUCAAUAUUGUGUGUGUUUAGUAAAUUUCAUUUUGAAAGUGUGUAAUAUAUGAGCCAUAUGCUGAAUUCUUGCAAAAACAGAAUAAUUUAUAGAGAGCGCAAGGUUGUGCAAAAGUUGAGAUUAGAAUUGGCAUCCUUUCAAUUAAUGAGUGUGAAUUUGAAUUGGAUUAGCCACGCCCCACAGGAAAUUGAAUUGGAAUUUUGACUUGGAAUAACAGGAAGGGGAAUUUAGUAAAUUGUCACAGCAACAAUUUCUUUGAAUUUCAAAUCACUUUAAUUGACCCUUUGCAAACUGCUUGAUUGACAGGUGAUCUGACCAAUCAUAACGCAGAAUCCGCCAUUAUGUCCGACAAACAAAUCAGACAGGAGAGUAGAUUUACUUCGGUGGACUUAAACUUGAAAAAUUGUAUGUAAGGACGUCUUUCCGCAGUUGAAAUAAAAUACGUUCUGAUAUCCAUUCAUGUUUAUUUCGUAUUUUAAGUAAAUAGCACAAAAACGGUAUUUAUUGUUUGAAUUUCUUGAAAAAUGACAUUUUUAAGAUGAGACCUUGUUUCAUUACAAGUAACCCGAAGUAACCUGCUCUGUCUUGUCUGUUCUCCUCUUUGUUCCGCAAUGUAUUUUUUUUUUUUUUACUGCGUGAGAACAUGAUGUGUAGUGUGAGAGCGGCAUUGUUUGUCGGACAUACCAACAGUAACUAAAGAGGGCGGGUUUUUGCGAAAGGUCAGUUCUGCUUUGUUAAAUUCUAAAUUAAAAAAAUUCUCAAUUCAAUUUUAAAUGCCGCACAACUGAAUCCGGUUAAAGUGGAUGGUAUAUUUAAAGUGUAGUGAACGAAAACGAGUCUGUGAAGGAUGGAAGUAAAUGGUUGGAUGUCUAAUUCACUUUACUUCUUUUUCUCCACUUGAAAAUUGUGGAAAGACAUAUAUUUCAGUAUUUUAUUGCCUAAACAGCCCUUAGUGUACUUCUUUCCCCUCACAGUCUCAUUUUCAUUCAAGUCAAUGCUCUAACUAAGGAUCCAUGUCAGGAUCGACUUUAUCUAGUCUAUCAACAUAGCUCUCUGGAGUGUGUAGCGGUACAGAUUAAACAUUCGCUAUCUAAUAAGAGUACUAUAUUGCUGCACCCUUUAUCGGGUGGUGCAGGACUGUAUCAGAAUAUGUUAGCGCGAGUUUUGAGGACUCACACUGUAAGAUCAUUUUACUUUCGCUGCUAAAGGUCUAGCAAUGUAAGACGACAGGGUGCGGAGUUGAACUUCUCCCUGUUGCUGCACCAUAUGAAGCUGCUCGUGGAUGAACCAGCGUAUAACUGCCACUGCUGGAGCGGAACUAGUCCAUCCACUCCUUAGGUCUCGCUUUCCCUCUGGUUAGGAGAAGCUGAGAAGUUUAUUACAAUCAGACUCUUGAGUCUAAGAGCCCUUGUAUAUUCGAUUAAAUAGCACGUCUGUGUGAUUUCUAUUCGUAAGCGAUUUUCAAAUUCAGUUUGUGUCAAAUUCCUCUGCACCUUUAAGAAGCAACGCCUCUUCAACAAGUAUAAUCAAGCGGAGGUUGUUUGUCUGGAAAUUUUAUUUUGACAAAAAAGAGACUAAGAAAGUGGAAGGAUGCAGGAAAUAUAUGCGCAGUCUAGUAGCUGGAUGUGUGUUUAAGUCGGAUGUUUCUCAUGUAGCGGUGUGUGAAUACAAAAAAAAUUGUAAGGGGUCGUUCACACAGAAUGCGUUUUUACAUUUAGAAAUGCAAGACGCAGAAGAGUGAAAUGAAAAAAAAACAAAUGCAUUUGUGUAGUGCAUGUUUACAUAGAAAAACUGUUUAAAAAAUAGUGAAAAUAUUCACCUCGUUCUUCAACGUGAAAGUAAGCCUAUGUACAAGACUUCUAGAAAUAACAAGAAUAACAAUGUUAAACUGUUUGCGCUACAAACCAGUGUGUUUAUAAUUAAGAUAAUACAUUAAAAUAUGUUAAGACACCGAUUUGAAAUAUCAAGUAGGAAAACUAUUGUUUUGUACAGCUAAAAAUAGCUGGGCGCAGAUGAGACCGAAAGCCACGCCUAUAAAAUGUACAAAAAAUUUGCAAAAAUGCAUUCUGUGUGAAUGGCUCUUAAAACGAACCAUGUCCUAACCAUGAUAAAGCAAAAUCCCACUCUAUAUAGCUGCACAUUAAAGCUGAAGUGUGUCAUUCGCUUAAAUGAGUUGACUGUUUUUAAACAGGUUUCCCGAACACUCCGCCCGGAGACAAAUCAAAAGCCCCACCCCCAAACACACCCCAUUGGCUGAAUCCACUGUUGCUGGGCAGAUCAGGGUGUUCAAACAAACAAAUCAAUGUUUUGAAAACAGCACAAAGCUGCAGUGUUUCUCCUUUUGGGGAACUAAACCUAUGAAUGGCUUACUAUUAAUUGUAUUCAUAUCAAAAAGUGAUACAUUUCAGCUUUUAGAAUUAGAAUUUGCUUUAAAAAACAUGUCUGGUUAGGACACGGUGUGUGAGAGGGCAGGGAAAGUACAGUAGGUGAAACUGGGUUUAACUCCAGUGUCAAUAUUAAUCUGUAUCUUUAAAUAUACAGUAAAUUAUCUUUUUUUUCUAUUUGAAAAUCAGAAUUCUGAAUGUAAAAAUAGGAUCAGUUCUGAGCUAAAGCACUCACUUUCAAAGCUAGUCAGAGUUGCGUUGCUUGUACUUCUGCAAAAAUGGAAAACUCCCUCCGUCAGUUCAUUCCUCAUUCAUUCGUUUUCGUCAUACAGAUGGAAAGAGGAUGGGCCUUUGUUUCAGCUCACGUUCUGUCUGAUAAAUAUGGAAGUGAGAUUUAAACUGCAACGCGAGGGGUUUUCCCUUCUUCCAUCUGGAUGGUGGUGUUCCGGUGAUCUGUUAAGAGUAAAAUUGCAGAUACUGUCUCCAUGGUUGCAUUGGUUUGGUGUUUAACCAUGUUAUGUACAUUUUGCAUGAGUGCAUUCUUUCAUCUCCAGCUAUACAGCUUCGUUUGGCUGGAGUUUCGCUGCGAUUUUCACAUUGUGUUCAAUAUAAAUGACUCAUUUUGGUGUCUAUUCUGAAACGAACCCCCACGCCCCAUCGCAUCAAAUGGAAAAGAUUAUCAAAUGUUGUUUUUUUUUCCUUCGGCAGCUAGUAUAAUGCAUUCAUUUUACAAUACCACUUUCCUUUGAGGAAAAAGAAAUCGAUUUUCUGCUCCGAUUUCUUUGCUUGCUUUCUUUUUAAUGACUUUGCUGCCAUACCUUCCCUCAUAUAUCACAUAACCAUUAAAAUGUAGCAAAAUAUCCGGAGGAUUUUAAUAUAGAGACAGGAGUUUAUAUUUGAUUUUUCAAAUUCUCAUUUUUCCACCAUUAUCCUGUUUGUCUUUCUGUGUUGUACAUUCUGUCUUGUAAGCCCUCAGCAUGUAGCAUUCAGAAGCAAUUGUUCAUGAUUUUGCUUUCUUUCUUUCUUGUUUUGUUUGUUUAAUUUAUCCUCAUAGCACUUGUGAGUUUUAAAUGUGUCAAUAUCAUUUUGUGUACGUAUCCAUGUCAUAAGCUAACAGUUAUGUGUCCUAAUUAAAUAAACUUUGCCUUAUCAUCUGA